AUGAAUCCGCCUCAGAAAUGUGCUGCGGUUGUUGUGGGAGCUGGUCCUGCCGGUCUGGCCGUGGUUGGAAAUCUCCUCGAGAGGCAGCUUGGUGGGAAAAUUGCCUGGGUUGAUCCCUACUUUCAGGCCGGACGUGUGGGCAGGAAAUACCGCGAGGUUCCUAGCAACACGAAAGUCUCCUUCUUCCAAGCGUAUGCCACAGGUGUCCAGCCAUUCCGUGCAGUCAUCAGUAGUACACGCAUGCCCAAUACUUUCACGACUCUAGCGAAACUUGACCAAGAUCAAACAUGUCUGUUGCAGCAUGGUGCAGACAUGGUUCAGUCCCUAACAGAGGGCAUUGUGAAAUUGGACCGGGUUGUUCAAUGCAAGGGUUAUGUCGUUGCUGCCAAUCUGGCGGAAAAGACUUCUUCCUGGACAGUACGGAUCAAAAGUCAUGGGUCGUCCGAGGAGUUUGAAGUUGAGACACCUAAACUCAUCCUGUGUACGGGGUCGUCACCGACGACCGCUCCGGUCCCUGUUCCUGGGCACAACAUUCAGAGGCUGGACCUUGACAUUGUUUUGAAACCCAGCGAACUCGCCUCGUACCUUCCGCGAAACACGCCCUCGACCAUCGCCGUCGUAGGGGCUUCGCAUAGUGCCAUUCUGGCUCUGCUCAACCUGGUAGAUUUGGCCCGCAGUUCUCAUCCCCAGCUCCGCAUCAAGUGGUUUACCCGGCAUCCCCUUCGGUAUGCCGAGUACAUGGACGGCUGGAUCCUCCGAGAUAACACCGGUCUCAAGGGUCUCGCUGCGGACUUUGCCCGCCAGCAGCUCGAAGAUGAAGUUCUACCGACCUCCGAGGCAGGCCGUUUCAUCAGUAAGGUCGACUGCAGCAGUGGUAAAGAGAUGGCACAGUUUAAGCUGCAGUUACCCUUCUGCACUCACAUUGUUCAGGCCAUUGGCUUCACUCGGGAUCCGCUGCCAGAGCUUUCUGUGAACGGUUCGCCAUUGGAGCCGGACUUUGAUCAUGAAACUGGAGGAUUCUACGAUCAACGUGGACGUCUCGUUAAGGGCUUACAUGGUGCUGGCAUAGCCUUUCCAGAGCGAACAGUUGAUCCUCACGGCAAUGUCGAGUAUGCCGUCGGGUUCUUCAAGUUCAUGAAGUUCAUUAAGCGAGUGUGUCCUCAAUGGGUGGCCGCGUAA